AUGAUCAAUGAUAUUAAUGUGAAUGAAUUGUUUGAUGAUAAUAAUGGCGAUGACGAUAUGGAUCGAAAUGAAUCUGAUGCUGAUGACGAUGAUGAUAGUGUUCAUAGUAGUCAACUCGAUGAUGAUGAUGAUAGCCACGAUUCGUCUAGUGAAUCCGAUGCAGAAAUUGAGAAUGAAAUGGAAAAAUUGCGUCGUAAAUUAAAAGACUUGUCUUUGAAAAAGAAGAAUAAACGUAAAAGUCGCUCGAAAUCAGAUGUGAAUAAUGGUACACCAAUUUACAGAAUCAUUAAUUCAAUCAAGCCAUUUAAGGAUAACGUUGCUGAAUGGCCAGCAUUCAAACGUCGUGUUGAAUCGCUGAUAAUUGAUCGUAAAAACGAAUCGGAGUGUUCAAAACGAGCAUUCAUAUCCGGAAUUGUCAAAGGAGCAACGAUAAAAAAAAUAGAAUAUAUGACAAGUUUAUUCAAAACAUAA